AUGAUACCCCGCUGCCAUCAUCGCUCAGCAGUUGCACUCAUUCGUCUUGUGAAACCAUCACAACUACCAUCAAUCUCAUCUCAUCAACAACUUCGGCUGCCAGUUGCCAAACCAGCAUUCCAUCUUCAGCCAGUCACUCCUAGACACUUCGCAACAACCACACUCAACAUGUCUUCCGCCACUACCUUCUACGACUUCAAGCCCCUCGACAAGACGGGUUCCGAACUCCCCCUCUCCACCUACCAAGGGAAAGUAGUCCUCAUCGUCAACGUCGCCUCCAAAUGCGGUUUCACCCCUCAAUACGCCGGCCUCGAAACAGUCUACAAGGAGAUCAAGGAGAAGUACCCCAACGACUUUGAGAUCCUCGGUUUCCCUUGCAACCAGUUCGGCGGACAGGAGCCGGGAACCGAGGAGGAGAUCCAGUCGUUCUGCCAGCUCAACUAUGGCGUCUCUUUCCCGAUCAUGAAGAAGGUCGAGGUCAAUGGCGAUAAUGCUACCCCGCUUUAUGAGUGGAUGAAGAAUGAGAAGCCGGGGCUUAUGGGCUUGAAGAGGAUUAAGUGGAACUUUGAGAAGUUUCUGAUUGGAAAGGAUGGACAGGUUAAGGGACGGUGGGCGAGCACUACGAAGCCGGAGAGCUUGAAGGAGGCUAUUCUUAAGGAGUUGGGCGAGUAA